UCGAGUUUUACUUUGAACGACUGUGCUGUGCUUACACUUCGGAAUGAAUCGUUCUAACCCAAGUCAGCUAAGGUAAAGAGUGAAAACUGUUUUCAACAUACACUCGCUGUAGAGAAUCUAAUGUGCGAUUCUGCUGUCGUUUCAGUUGUUAUCUUGGCUGUAUAACUCGAGAGAAAUCAGAGGCAUACUUGUUUGGAAGAAAACCUGGCACGUACUUAAUCCGAGACAGCAGAUCAAUUCCUGGUGAUUUUGUACUCUCUGUGAGGUAUGAUCGCAGUAUUUUCGAUGCAGACAUACUAAGAUCGUUUCCAGUCACAACCUAAGCGAUUUUUUCCUCUGAAACUAAGCAACAUAUUCACUGUUAAAAACAAAAUUAAGCUUCUCAUUAAGCACACAUAUUUCAUGUUCAUUUUCUUAAUGACUUCGAGUUUCCAAAUUAUAAUUUUCGACAUUUCGAUCUGUUUUGGUUAAAAGUGUAAUUUAUCACAGCUUAUUAAUCUUUUUAUGUACGUUUUAAAGCGAAUUCGAUCUCUCUGAUGUCAUUAAUUUUACAGAUAAAACGUAAUUGUGGCAUAGUUGUUAGAACGACAGCACUUCAAAUGGCCUUCCCUUGUCAGGACGUCUUGGCGUUUGUGACAUAUUUAGCGAAGAAACAGACGCAGAAAAUAAGGCGGCAAACUCUCUUGUUUAUCGUAAAAUGUGCUUUGGUUUAUAAUUAUACAAACAGAAGGUUAACCCCACAACUUGAGCAUGUGGAUGUAUAUAAAUUUAUCAUCCAAUGACAAGGACGUACGCAUAGGGAAACAGACGUUUGAAAGUGCAAGUUUAUUCAUGAACACGACUUUAUAGUUUAUUAUCGAUUACGCUACACACAUUUCCUGUACAGCAAAUAUCCAGGUUUGAUAUUUUUUCUAAAAAUAAGGGAUCGAAAAUAGUGAACGUGCUCAAAACGCUACAGUUAAAUUUCCAGGCAAAUAACUUUUUAGAAAGAGGAAGUAACUGAUGACAGUGGACAUCAGUCAAUAAGAUGACACAAUUGUAUUAAUAUAUGUGUUAUUGAAAUUCUUAAAAUCUGUUGUCAUUCAUGUGGUUACUGAAUGGUACUUUUUAAACCAAUUUUUUUAGUUAUAAAUGUAUGUACAUGUCUUUGAUAUUAAUUUUCUAUUUAACUUUUGCUCACAGCAGAUUUUCCCCCAAUUGUAUGCAUGCCUAACGGUCAAAUGUAAAUGAUGCCUUUCAAAAACAGUUACUGGAUCAAUUUCCUUAUUACAUGUAAUUGUUUUUAUAUGGUGUCUUAAUGCUAUUAUUUUAGAGGAAAAGUUUGGGCCAAGGGCUGAGGUGGAUAGCACCCUCAGAGAUCUGCUUAAUUCUUCAUAUCCUAUGAAAGCCAAAUUCAUUAAUUGCUUUAUUAUUCAUUCAAAAUCAUUCCUAGUUUAAAAACCGAGCUAAAACAUGCUUAUGUGCAUCGAUGUUAAGCUAAUCUUCGAUAGUGUACGUUUAGGUUUGUUCAGCUCUGCAAAUUAUUCUCCAAAUAGCAUAUGCCACCCUCUGAGUUGUCUUCUUGCUGUUUUUGCCAUGUUUUUAACUACUAUUUUGACUAGUUUCAGCUGUAGUUCUUACUCUUGAAACGAGUGAAAUGUCCACCAUUUUUUUUUAACAACCAAAACAACUCAAUCUUGUCCCCAGGUCUUCUCGGUACUGUUGCCUUAACCUGUAGCGGGCUGCAUUUUUGACGUCAUUUCCUUGUUAAACAGAAAAUUCUUCAUUCUCUUUUCAUUUUCAAUUCUUCAAUUUGGUCAUCAGUAACUGGUUAUGGUGAAUUAUGCGUGUGCUUUUAGCCAAUCAGAAUUGGGAAAAUAUUUUAAAUGAAUAAUAACAUCAAAUUAACAGAUAAUGGACUCAUACUGGCAGUCAUCUAACUAGCCAGUUGGUCAUAUUACAACUCAACUUCUUACAAGGUAACAACUAUAUCCACUUCGUUGAGAUGAGGUCUGGCAACACUUCUGACAACUUACAAGAUGAAACAGAGUGGACAUUAAAAGUGAUGUCAGCUUGCCAGACUUUGUUAAAUGAAGUACUUACAGGAAUGCUGGACUGAACACCACCAAUGUUUACCCUGGUCCUGUUAUGACAGCAAGUGUAUGGUGGUUCACCAUUUACAAAAUGUCUGUAAAAUCCAGAAAGUGAAUUGAACAUGACUUUUCAGGGUGUUCCAGUGGAAGAUUUUGCAAGGGCAGUGGAAUGUCUGGAGAGUUUGCCCUGUUUUACCAGUUGGGCUUUUCCAAAUGGAACCUGUAAUCAUUUCCCAAAAAACACAUCUUUGGUUCCAAUUAUUAGGCUUCUGUUGCCAUCUUUCUGUGAAUAUAUAUAGCUGAUUUGUGCAAAUGAUAAACACAAACAAAAUCAAGCCAUCCUAGUAAUAAUGUUCUAGUUUACCAACUGACCAUACUAUUAACCUCCUAUGUAUCCCAUACAUCAGUGACCCCUCUGAAACUUUUUAUAUUGCUGAUAUCUGGCAACUAACAAACUAACCAUGAAUUUUUGGUGACUGCUGAGAAAUGUUCAAAAACAAAGACUGGUGGACAAACAGGGAGCCAAGCUACUUACUUAAGAGAUUGAGGCUGGCAUAAAAUUAAUCAAGUUCUCCAUUGUUGCAUUUCAGUGAGAAAGGCAAAGAGAGGAAUGUUAGCCACUACAUCAUCAACAACAAAGGAAGUCAUUAUCAGAUAGGAGAUAAUACAUUCCAGGACCUUCCUGGCAUCAUAGAAUUUUACAAGAACCACUUUUUGGAUUCCACAAACUUAAUACAACCAGUAAGAGAGACCAUUUUUUUUCCUUGUAUUUUUACUUUUCUUCUUUCUCUACAUGUAGUUCAUACUAUGCUGACUAUGAAAAAAAUUAACAGAAUAACAAAAAAUAAUACACAGGGUGUUCCUUAAGCAUCGAAGAUUGGAGAAUUCUUCGUUUGUUACACCGAAUUCUCCAGCUAAUUUGUGAUAACCUAUGAAUAUUUUUCAUUCAGACAUGGAGCCUCUUUCACAAUAUACUCCUGUGUAAAUGUUACACCUUUCUCCUGCUACUAGAAUUCUUAUUGAAAGUCCUGAAUACAUACUGCAAAGUCUGAGAGGAAAUGGAAUAAAGCAUAUACAUGUAUAAUAUUGUUAUCACCUGCAACUCAAUGUUUUAAUAGAUAUUUUGCUGUUAGUGGUGAUUUUACUGCUGAAUUCCAAUUUUAUAUGGACGAUCAUUGUACAGAGGGCCUUUUUAAGCCACGUAUAACACAUGAACUUCAGACAGUGAAGUUAAAAGUUAUGGAAUACCAAACUUUGGGGCAUGGUUUUAUCAUCAGUAUACUUCAUUUUAAAAGGAUCAGUCAAUGGACAGUCACCGCCUGAUGAAAUCAAAUGACCGAAGAAGAUAGUAAUUUUGCACUGUUGUGCAGGCAGAACAUCAAUAUGGCAGAAUAUUUGCCAAGUUCUUCCUUAUGUUUUAUGGACUCAGACGAAGUCGAGCGGUCAAUAAGAAUGAUAAAAAAGAACAGGGCCAAUAUUGAGCCUUCUUGACCUCAUGUUUUGUAAAUAAAGGAUUGAAUAUAUAUGACUAAGAGAAGUUACAAACCAAAGUGGGUAAUUAUUCUCAUCUUGCCCACUUGGCUAGCCAAUCACAAUACCGUAUUUGCUUCAUGUUAACAUUCUUGGAAGUAGCUACAUAAGUAUUUUGCUCUACAAGAACUCUUUACUCUUUGGGUCCAUUCUUUUACCAUCUAUUUUAUUCAAAUCACACUGUUUUAAGUUACAGCAAGUACAUAAUUACGUACUAAGGAAUAAGAAAAAGAGGGAAGAGAUGAAGUGGCAAAGUGUUAUAACACUUAUAACACUUUUUAUAAUAUAAUGCCCUGGCUGUACAACUAACUUAAUUUCUUUUCAGUUUGGGGUCCUUGAUUUAUUAAUAUUAUUAUUUAUGUGUGUGUUGUAAUGUAAAAUAAUGUUUAGGUUAAAGUGGUUUCAACUUACAGUGUAGGUUGAUUCUCAAUUUACCUAAUUAUUCAUGAUCAAGAAUGACUAAGGCUAGGUGAUCACAAAAGUUGAGAAUCAACCUAGGUUGAAACCAUUUAACCUAAAUUUCAUUUUUACCUUCAACAAAAAUACCAGUACCUCUUGUAGGUCCGUACCCUUCAGUAUGCAAGGAGAAUUUUAAACCUGGCAUUGUAAAUGCUAGCCAUUCUCUUGUGAUAAUCCCCCUUCCCCCCACCCUUCUACAGUUUGUUUAGCCAGUGAAACUGUCAGUUCCAUUUUCUUAAAGCCCAGCAGAGUUAGGAGGAAAGACACGCGAGGGCAGUGGGCUAAAAGGAACAAAAGUAGAAACUACUUCAACUCAGGCUACUGUUUCGUAGAAUUUAUUUCUCCAUUAAUUCUAUCCUUUAUUGCAGAUAUUUAAAGUUCAAGCUCAGUAUCCAUUCUCAGGAAAGGUAGAAUUUCAAACUUACAACUUCUUUAUUAUAUUAUUGAAUAUUCAACGUGUUAAACCCUAACAUUAGCUUGCAUUCCCUAUGCUGUUGGUGUUAAGCAUUUUUUAUGCUCUAUUUGAUGCGAGCAGUUUUUCUAACAGCAUUCUUGCAUCUUCCUCCGCAGGAUGAAGAGGACCUCAGCUUUAAAAAAAAUGAUAUAUUAAUUGUUGUGGAACAAAAUGAAGAGAAAUGGUGGACUGCAAUGGAUGAUCUAGGCAAUAAAGGGCUUAUUCCAGAACCAUAUGUAAAAAAGGUGUGUUUUACAGUGAAAGGUUUAUUUGUGUGAGUCAUGACAUGAAUAAAAAAGAUCAUCAUCUGCCUUGGUGUUGUCCUGAGCAGGACUGUUAUUGAAAGUGACUAAUGUUUCAACAUCCUGUGCAGUAUGUGAAGAUGACUACUGUGCAGGUUGUUGAAGCAUCCAUCACUGUCAUUAUCAGUCCUAUUCAGGAUUUCACCCCCCCAGAUGGUCAUAUUCCAGCCACAUAUAAAGGUGCAUUUUGCUGCCAAAUAAGGUCACUGGUAUUUUAAUAAGUGGUAACUUCAAAAUUUUGCUUUCCCGUUUAUUUUUUAUUUGUGGAACCAGAUGUUGAAACUGUUUGAAUAGACUGCAUGGUGAAAUGUAAAAACAGAUCUACAGUAAAACCCUGGGGGUGGGGGGUGCAUAGAAAGUGUCAGUAAUAACGAGCUGUCGGUAUUAACGGGUGUCUGUGAAGCGCGGUUCAAAUGUAUAUUGCUUUUAAACUUCCAUGUGACAUCACUUAAAAAGGGGUUGAAAUUUUCCCUUGCCGUCUCCCUCGAACAGCCCCAUACCUUUGUCCCCAAGAUUGUCGUGGUGAGGUUCAACCAUACCAUGAUUGGUCAUGGUAAACUAUCAUUGUUCUGACUUGUUCUUGAAGGUUACUGAACUUCAGCAGACACCAGCUGGAGCUCCUGUGCCAGUCACAGCUCCUGCACAAGCUGCAACACCUGUGCAAGCUUCUCCACAACAGGUGCCAAGUGACUCCAGAAGGUCAAUGCCACCCCCAGCAUCUUCAGCAGCUUCUCCUGAUAACAGUAACUCAAGAAGAACAUCUGUACCAUCUAAUUUGAGGUCACACCCUGGACCGGUAAUCAUUGUACUUCAUAUUUUUUGUGUGGCAAAAAACCAUCCUAGCUUUCGCAGUUUUUCUUGUCAUUUCUAUAGCUACCAGUGUUGAAAAAACAUUGACAUAUUUAGGGGAUUGCAUAUAACUAUAAACAUAUUUUGUAACAUCAAUGCUGUCACCAAGAUUUUAAGUUGCUGUGUAUAUGCAAUUAUUUAGGCGGGAAAGUGGACAGUUCGGAAGUUUUUUGGCUCUAUUUUUAUAUUAUUUUUUUAUGUGAAAGUUACUAGUAGCCCUUACUGACAGCCCUGUUUUUACAUACAAGUAGGGGUCAAAAGUUUCUAAUAUAGGUUUUAGUUUCUGACCUCGUCAAUAUCAAAUAACUAACCUGCAGUGCAGACAUAAUUCAAUAUUUUUAAUACAUGUAUAAUAAGUUGCAAAGAAGUCCCCAAAUCCCUGUUUGUUCCCUCCAACAAAAUAACAAAAGACCACAAGAGGCAGGGUUAAGGAUUUGAGGACUACUUUGCAGACACAUUUAGGUGCACUGUUUUCUGGAAUUCAGGUUACAUUCAACCAGAAGGCAUGGUGAUCUAAGUUCAAAUGUCAUUAAUAAGCCUUUCAAACCCAGAGUAAACAAGAAUGAGUCUUGUGAGUUGCAAAAAAUUAUGUUGUGCAACCAUUCAACUUUGUCCACUUCUUGGAAAGAUAGGGUUCACCUUUUGCUACCCUCUAAUAAUGAACACAUGUAUGAUACUUGCAUCAUGUUUCUGUUUUUUUUUUUUAUCAGGUUGAUUCUUCCAAUUCAGAUAAUUCCUUCUUGUGUGUUGCCAUCCGACAACAUGUUCUACCGUAUGAUGAAUCAAGACUUUCCUUUGAGGUAGUGUUACUUUACUUUAAUGUCUAGAAAAGUAUUUUUUCCUUAAACAUAAGUUGUAUGGGUAUUAGGGAUACAGAUUUCCCUCCCCCCACCCCACUCUUGAAUUUCCCCAUAUGGAAAGUGAUGGAAUCAUCCAACUGCCCCCCACCCCUCUGAAAUUUCCUAAGCCUCUGGAGCAAGGCAUCUAAUAUCAGCACCAUGCUAUUGCAGCAACAACACAUCAUAUCACAUACAUUGCCUUCUUUCAGAAGUUUCCCAGGUGAAACUGGUCAUGAAAGUCUUUUUCUGCAAAUUGAGAUCCAUCCAUGCACUGGUAAUACUUGAUGCCAUGGCUGAUGUACCACAGUUUAUGCGGAUAUGUAGAAACAACUUUAAGAGACUUUAAUUUUUUCCAUUAUACUGUUACAAUUAUUGAUGUGUUUAUUGCAGAAAGGAGACAUCAUCAAAGUUCUUAAGAGAUAUGAUAAUGGUAUUUGGUUUGGACAAAAUGGCGAGAGGACAGGCUAUUUCCAGUUUAGAUAUGUGCAAAAACUAGAAGACGAAAAUCCAGACUAGUGGACUAGAGUGGUGCAGCGGAAUGAAGCUAUCUUCAAAGCUUAGAAUAGGUGUGAACUGAACUGCUUUAUGUCAGUCAACUCUCAGAAUGAACUGCAAUAGAUGCUUAAUAAUUUUAAAGAAAUGCAUUAUGGAUGUAAGUGAUGAGCUUAACGACAGUUACACUGUACUGUGAAUUAUUGAUUAUAAGUUCAUCAUUACUUUUGAUUGUGAUAAAGUUGGAUGUUUUAGUGCACAAAGAAGAAUAUUUGACAUCUGAGCAGUUAGGAUAUUAAUAGAAGGAAAGGCAAACUGUUCCUUACUGUCAGCAUCAUGAUGAUGUCGUAAAAUCUCUCCUGUGUCUGUGACAGUGGCUUUAUUGAUUCAGGAAUUUUGUUAUGUGCUUGGUUUGAACUGGACAAUGUUGGCACUAACUGUUGUACAGUUUUAAGUGGGCUGGUUGAGCCAAAGUGAAGGAAUGGAGUCAUCUAUCUUUUCAGAAAAUCUGCGGAAGCCAUCUGAAUACUUGUUUAAUGGAGCUUCAAUCCUGACCAAUAUAUUUGGGGAGACACCCCUUAAGCUGUUCUUUCAUCUUUUGUGAGCCACUCAAACUUCGAUUUCUUCAUACAUAAAUCCUGUUAGCUGCUCUGCUAGGCGAGUGGCAGCCCUUUUUCAAUGGAAUUUGCAAGUAACCAAUAAUUUAAAUGAUGAUCAUGAAUUUGGCCUCACCAAGGUUUCUCUCUGUCCCCCCUUCAGCCAAUUCCUCUGCAAGACAUUUUAAUAGUGUUUGACUUCUGACAGCCGGCAUUGUCCAGAGGAGAAGACUAUUUCGAAACUUGUGCUUGAAUAUUUGUGGCACCUCUGGGAGUGAUUUUGUACGUUGUAAUAAGCACAAUUUUCUUUUCCCCCCCCAAGAAAUGGCUCUUAUAAAGAGAUUAUUUUCCUGCAUUAGUAGCCUGUGUACAGCCGCCCCCUUCCCUCAAACAAGAGAGGGAGAGACAUGGCCGUACACAAGCUAUUUGUUAGUGGCAGUGAAAAGUUGAAAAUUAUUUUCUAUCACUUACCUGUUUAAUCUUGACAACAGUGGCUUGACGUAAAUUCAAUAUCCUGCUUGAAAAAAAUUAGCCUGCGAGAAAGCUUUCCAAUUAUGGCGAGUGAAGCAAGCUGUGAGAGAACACUCGAGCGAGCGGUGAAGCCUCUCGCACUCACAUUUCUUUUUGCUUGUAGUUCUCAUGUGACUUCUCACGAAUACCCCAAAUAGGCAACUUGCUCGCAGGCUAAAAAAGUCUUCCUUUUGUACUCUACAGUGUAUAU